CCUGAAUGGCCGUUACGACAAAUCUCAAGUUCCAUCCAAAUUAACGGAUUCUCAAUCCAAAAACCAAACGGUACUGUACAACAAAACGCUUCUCGCCGUAAAAACAAACCCUUUAAAAUAUCGCAAUCAAACCUUCAUUUUCCUUUUCGAACAUUCAAAAAAUUUCAAAAAAAUCUGUCCGGGGAAAUAAAUCCAUAAAACGAACCUUAACCGGGUCCCACUUUCCCCAAAUCCCCCACUCACAACCCAAAAAUCCCACGCGCUGUACGCGCUUUCCCCGCCCAAAGGCCAAAUCCAUCACCCUGCCUUUUCUUCUUCUUCUUUGUUUCAGCCCCCCAAAACCCAGAAUUUUUAGGGCUCAGAUUCCGCAUUUUCACCUGCCGUUUAUGUUGUUGGAAUGAGCAACCACCGUCAACGGCAUCAGCCGCCGCCGGCUCAAGCCGGCGCGCCACCUUACCGCCAAGCUCAGAACCCCGCAUCCGCUCCACCACCACCACCACGGCGGCAGCCACGGGGGGAGGAGGAGGAUGUCUACAACAUCAUUCCAGUACACAAUCUCUUAGCAGACCAUCCUUCUCUCCGGUUCCCGGAAGUACGUGCCGCGGCGGCUGCUUUACGGUCCGUGGGUGACCUCCGGCGACCCCCUUAUUCGACCUGGCUCCCUCACUACGACUUGCUGGAUUGGCUUGCGCUGUUCUUCGGGUUCCAGGCCUCCAAUGUGAAGAACCAGCGGGAACAUCUCGUCCUGCACCUCUCCAACGCCCAGAUGCGGCUCUCUCCGCCGCCGGACAACAUCGAUUCGCUGGACCCCACCGUUCUCCGGAAGUUCCGGCGGCAGCUCCUCAAGAAUUACUCCAAUUGGUGCUCCUUCCUGCGGCUGAAAUCGAACGUCUGGCUCUCUGACCGGAGCUCCGAUCACCGGCGCGAGCUGCUGUAUGUCUCUCUCUACUUGCUGAUCUGGGGUGAGUCUGCUAAUCUACGGUUUACCCCUGAAUGUUUGUGUUAUAUUUUCCAUAACAUGGCUAUGGAAUUGAACAAGAUUUUAGAGGACUAUAUUGAUGAAAAUACUGGAAGCCCUUUUCUGCCUUCCGUUUCGGGUGAAAAUGCUUUUCUGAAUCAAAUUGUUAAGCCCAUCUAUGAGACGAUUAAGGCUGAGGUCGACAAUAGUAGAAAUGGGACUGCUCCUCAUUCAGCUUGGAGAAACUAUGAUGAUAUAAAUGAAUAUUUUUGGAGUAGGAGGUGUUUAGAGAAGAUGAAAUGGCCAAUUGAUACUGGGAGCACCUUCUUCGUCACCACGAAUAGGGGAAAGAAGGUUGGCAAGACAGGCUUUGUCGAGCAGAGAUCCUUUUGGAACUUGUUUAGGAGCUUCGACAAGCUCUGGAUUAUGCUGAUCUUGUUUAUUCAGGCUGCAAUUAUUGUGGCGUGGGAGCAGAAGGAGUAUCCAUGGCAGGCAUUGGAGAGCCGGGAUGUCCAAGUGAAAGUUUUGACUGUAUUUUUCACUUGGAGUGCAUUGAGGUUCUUGCAGUCAUUGCUUGAUGCUGGUAUGCAGUAUAGGUUGGUAUCUAGGGAGACCAAGUUGCUUGCUGUGAGGAUGAUCUUGAAGACUGUGGUGGCUGCUGUCUGGAUUGUGAUUUUUGGGGUGUUCUAUGCAAGGAUUUGGACACAAAGGAAUGCUGAUCGCAGGUGGUCUAGAGCAGCAAAUAAUAGGAUUUUGAAUUUCCUUGAAGUCGCUCUAGUUUUUAUCAUCCCGGAGCUUUUGGCCCUAGUUCUGUUCAUAGUGCCAUGGGUUCGCAAUUUUCUUGAGAAUACCAAUUGGAGGAUAUUCUAUUUGCUUUCCUGGUGGUUUCAGAGCCGGACAUUUGUGGGUAGGGGACUGAGGGAAGGGCUGGUUGACAACAUAAAGUACACUCUGUUUUGGAUUGUGGUGCUUGCCACAAAAUUUGCCUUCAGUUACUUUAUGCAGAUAAAACCAAUGAUUGCUCCUUCCAAGGCUUUGUUGAACUUAAAAAAUGUCAGUUACGAGUGGCAUCAAUUUUUUCACGGAAGCAACAGGCUAGCAGUUGGUUUAAUAUGGCUCCCUGUCCUUGUUAUUUACUUCAUGGAUAUUCAGAUAUGGUAUUCAAUCUAUUCUUCCAUUGUCGGAGCAGCUGUUGGUUUGUUUGAUCACUUGGGUGAGAUUCGGGACAUGCAGCAUUUACGAUUGAGAUUUCAGUUUUUUGCUAGUGCAAUUCAAUUCAAUUUGAUGCCUGAAGAGCAGCUGCUGAAUGCCAGAGGUACUCUCAAGAGUAAGUUCCAUGAUGCCAUCAACCGACUGAAGCUACGGUAUGGGUUUGGCCGGCCGUUCAAGAAGCUUGAAUCCAAUCAGGUUGAGGCAAACAAAUUUGCUUUGAUAUGGAAUGAGAUUAUCCUGACAUUUCGGGAGGAAGACAUCAUUAAUGAUCAUGAGGUUGAGCUGUUGGAAUUGCCCCAGAAUACAUGGAAUGUUAGGGUGAUUCGUUGGCCAUGUUUGCUUCUCUGCAAUGAGCUGUUGCUUGCUCUUAGCCAAGCAAAGGAACUGGUGGAUGCCCCUGACAGGUGGCUUUGGUAUAAGAUAUCCAAGAUUGAGUACCGGCGUUGCGCUGUCAUUGAAGCUUAUGAUAGUGUGAGGCACUUCCUAUUGGAAAUUGUCAAACGCCACAAUGAAGAACAUCUAAUUAUCACGACCUUCUUCCAGGAGAUCGACCAGUGGAUUCAGAUGGAGAAGUUCACAAAGAACUACAACAUGAAAGCACUUCCACAGAUUCAUGAAAAGCUCGUCAAACUUCUUGAUUUAGUGCUGAAACCGAAGCCUGAUGUCAACAAAGUUGUCAAUGCUCUUCAAGCUCUCUAUGAGACUGCUAUUCGGGAUUUUCUGAAAGAGAAAAGGAGUGCUGAUCAGUUGAGAGAGGAUGGCUUGGCUCCACAGAGGGAUUCUAGCUCCGCCCUGCUAUUUGAGAAUUCUGUUGAGUUACCCGGUCUGGAGAAUGAAACAUUUUACCGCCAGGCUCGUCGCUUGCACACAAUUCUUACAUCUCAAGAUUCAAUGCUCAAAGUUCCAACUAAUCUUGAGGCCAGACGCCGAAUUGCGUUCUUCAGCAAUUCACUGUUUAUGAACAUGCCCCAUGCUCCGCAAGUUGAGAAGAUGAUGGCUUUCAGUGUUUUGACACCUUACUACAAUGAAGAAGUGCUUUACAAUAAGGAGCAACUUCGCACUGAGAAUGAAGAUGGGAUUUCUACUCUGUAUUACCUGCAGACUAUUUAUCCUGAUGAUUGGAAAAAUUUCAUAGAGAGGAUGAAACGAGAAGGAAUGACGAGUGAGAAGGAGCUGUGGACGACCAAGCUAAGGGAGCUUCGGCUUUGGGCGUCAUAUAGAGGCCAGACUCUUGCACGCACUGUGAGAGGAAUGAUGUACUACUAUCGAGCACUCAAAAUGUUAGCCUUCUUAGAUUCUGCAUCGGAGAUGGAUAUCAGGGAAGGAACACAUGAACUUGGUUCCAUGAGACGUGAUGACAGCAUGGAUGUUUCAGGUCGAGGAACGUCUGCUGCUACCAGAAGUUUGAGCAGAUCAAGUAGCUCAGUGAGUUUGUUAUUUAAAGGACACGAGUAUGGGACUGCUCUGAUGAAAUUCACUUAUGUUGUUGCAUGCCAGAUUUAUGGAGCUCAAAAGGCCAAAAAAGAUGCCCGUGCUGAAGAUAUCUUGUACUUGAUGCAAAACAAUGAAGCCCUUCGGGUUGCUUAUGUGGAUGAGGUGCCUGUUGGUAGAGAGGAGACCGAGUAUUACUCAGUUCUCGUGAAGUAUGACCAACAAUUGAAAAAAGAAGUUGAGAUCUAUCGGGUCAAGUUACCUGGUCUGGUGAAGCUUGGAGAGGGAAAACCAGAAAAUCAGAACCAUGCUUUUAUCUUUACCAGGGGAGAUGCGGUUCAGACCAUAGAUAUGAACCAAGACAACUACUUUGAGGAAGCCCUGAAAAUGAGGAACCUUUUAGAGGAAUUCAGAUGGAGGUAUGGUAUCAGGAAGCCAACAAUUCUCGGAGUUCGGGAGCACAUCUUCACUGGCUCUGUUUCAUCGCUCGCAUGGUUUAUGUCUGCCCAGGAGAUGAGUUUUGUCACAUUGGGGCAACGCGUUUUGGCUAAUCCUUUAAAAAUACGAAUGCAUUAUGGCCAUCCAGAUGUAUUCGAUAGGUUCUGGUUCAUGACUCGAGGAGGCAUAAGCAAAGCUUCACGAGUUAUCAACAUCAGUGAGGAUAUUUUUGCCGGCUUCAAUUGCACAUUGCGAGGAGGGAAUGUCACUCACCAUGAGUACAUUCAAGUUGGCAAGGGGAGAGAUGUUGGAUUGAAUCAAGUAUCCAUGUUUGAAGCCAAGGUAGCCAGUGGGAACGGUGAGCAAGUCCUAAGCAGGGAUGUUUACAGAUUGGGUCACAGACUGGAUUUUUUCAGGAUGCUUUCAUUCUUCUACACCACUGUGGGGUUCUUUUUCAAUACCAUGAUGAUUGUCCUCACUGUGUAUGCAUUUUUGUGGGGCCGGCUGUAUUUGGCUCUUAGUGGGGUAGAGGGUUCUGUUACCAGCAGCAAUACAAGCAAUAACAGAGCACUGGCCACAAUCUUGAACCAGCAGUUCAUCAUUCAACUGGGUAUCUUUACUGCCCUACCAAUGAUUGUGGAGAACUCUCUUGAGCAUGGUUUCCUUAAUGCAGUCUGGGAAUUUAUAACUAUGCAGCUCCAGCUAUCAUCUGUGUUCUACACAUUCUCUAUGGGAACCCGUGCACAUUAUUUUGGACGAACAAUUCUUCAUGGCGGUGCUAAAUAUCGGGCAACAGGUCGCGGGUUUGUUGUGCAGCAUAAAAGUUUUGCUGAGAAUUAUAGACUAUAUGCUCGUAGCCACUUUGUGAAGGCCAUUGAGCUCGGUCUCAUUCUCACAGUCUACGCUUCAUACAGCCCCAUUGCCAAGGGAACCUUUGUAUAUAUUGCCCUCACUAUCACAAGUUGGUUCCUUGUGGUGUCAUGGAUAUUAGCACCAUUUAUAUUCAAUCCUUCUGGAUUUGAUUGGCUGAAGACUGUUUAUGAUUUUGAUGAUUUUAUGAACUGGAUAUGGUACAGAGGCGGUGUGUUUGCCAAAGCUGAGCAGAGCUGGGAAAAAUGGUGGUAUGAGGAACAGGAUCAUCUGAGGACAACUGGCUUUUGGGGAAAAGUGUUAGAAGUGAUUUUGGACCUGCGCUUCUUCUUUUUCCAGUUUGGGAUUGUGUAUCAACUUGGUAUUGCUGCUGGAAGCAAGAGUAUUCUGGUUUACUUGCUCUCCUGGAUAUAUGUGGUGGUUGCUCUUGGACUAUAUUUGAUUAUAGCAUAUGCUCGGGACAAAUACUCAGCGAAGGAACACAUUUAUUAUCGUCUGGUGCAGUUUCUUGUUAUUAUUCUGGCCAUUGUUGUGAUUGUUGCUUUGCUGGAAUUUACUCAUUUUAAGUUUGUGGAUUUAUUCACAAGCUUGUUGGCUUUCGUUCCUACUGGUUGGGGAUUCAUUUCAAUUGCUCAAGUUCUGCGACCCAUCCUGCAGAAAACCAGGAUUUGGGGCAUAGUAGUUUCUGUGGCUCGCAUGUAUGAUAUCAUGUUCGCAGUUAUUGUCUUGGUUCCAGUGGCAGUUCUUUCCUGGUUACCUGGAUUCCAGUCAAUGCAGACAAGGAUCUUAUUCAAUGAAGCAUUUAGUCGGGGUCUGCAGAUAUUCCAGAUGAUAACGGGGAAGAAGCCCAAGGGUGACGUAUGAUUCUGAUGUAGAAACUGCAUCUCAUGAGUUAUUUGCAUUCACGUGAUGGCUUUUGCUUUUUGGAGUUUCUGAGUAAAAUUGACAUUGUACUUCUCAAUGGUUCUUGCCAUGGCGGAGGAUUAGGUACAGUACAGGACUUGACAAUGCUAGCUUUAUUUUGCCAUUUGUAGAGCUUUGGUGUGAAUUGUAGCAGCAGCUUCUUCCUAUUUGUAUUUUGGUGAUCAAAAGUUGUAGAGAGUUUUCCUACUUUAUGCCAAAAGCCGAUUCUGAUUUUACCUGUUAAUAGAUCAUACGGUGGUUAGAGAUCUAGAAGAAGAAGAUUUGGGGCAGCACAUUAGCCCAUUUUGUUUAUUCUCAUUCAGCUUUGGAGAUGUUUUGUGUUUCAGUUAGCUAAGCAAGUUCCUCAAUUUCAUCUUUUUUGGCUAAAGAUACUCUUUGACUCCAGUCUCUUGUACCCAUCCAUAUUACCAAGUGAUUUGACUGCUUACCGGAUAGGCUCUCGGGGAUGUUAACGGGGUGCAUGCAGUCGGGUCUGCUUUGCUUUGAUGCUUUACUUAAAUCUCUCUUUUUACCGCCUUUUUAUUGCUUGACCUAAAUAGAUGGCAGAUUAAACAAAAUAUAGUGAUUGGUGCCAUGGUGAAUUUUACGGGAGAAAAGUGAAUUACUGAAAAACUCAGAUUAUAGACAUUUUAGUUUCUUUGUUAGCAAGGUUGAUUAUUUUUAUGGUACGGCGGGAGCAUUACAUGUACGCUGUCAUCUUUGUCAAGUCUCAAAACUUUCAGGGAAACAUUUCUGUGGAUUGUGGACAGUAGAUUGUUUCAUUAAUUUUGAUGGGGAUAUAAUUUGAUUGUGGUGGUAAAAUAUGAUGGUAAGUUCCAACUCCAAAUUAAUAUCUUUAUACUUUUGGCACUUCUUCUUUCCUUGUAGCGUGAGCUACUGUGAAUUAUAGGAAAAAUUGGCCGAUCUACUCAAGGUUGACAUACAUUGUUAAUUUUACUUUAUUCUUUUUCG